GGGCGGGCGGCAGCGGCGGGAGCUGGCGCGCGGCGGCCAUGGAGGAUGUGUGCGCCAAGUUCGUGUCGCAGAAGAUCAGCAAGACGCGCUGGCGGCCCCUGCCCGCCGCCGCACUCCAGCCCCCCGACCUCUUCGCCACAGGUUCCUGGGACAACGAGGAUAACAGGAUCUCGAUUUGGUCUGUUGGAGAUCUUGGAAACACGGGCCUCAAUGGCGAAUUUCAAGCAGAACCUCAGCUGCUGUGUGACAUAAGGCACAAUGGUGAUGUCAUGGACAUGCAGUUUUUGGAUCAAGAGAGAAUUGUGGUUGCCUCAUCAACAGGAACUGUAACUGUAUUCCGUCAUCAUCAAAAUAACCAGACUUUAUCUGCCAACCAGCGGUGGGAGAAAGCUCAUUAUCACGUGGACCAAGAAACAUCUUGUGGUGGUGCAGCAUGUACUGGCGUCAUCUGCAACAACCCAGAAAUUGUCACUGUUGGAGAAGAUGGUAGAAUAAAUCUCUUCAGAGCUGACCAAAAGGAUGCAGUAAGAACUAUAGAUAAUGCAGACAGCAGUACACUCCAUGCUGUGACUUUCCUUCGCACAACUGAAAUCUUGACAGUAAAUUCAAUUGGACAGUUAAAAAUAUGGGACCUCAGACAACAAAGAAAUGAACCAUCUCAAAUAUUUUCUUUGACGGGUGACAGAGUUCCACUGCACUGUGUGGACAGGCAUCCCAAUCAGCAGCAUAUUGUGGCCACAGGGGGCCAGGAUGGGAUGCUGAGUAUAUGGGAUAUUAGGCAGGAUACUAUGCCAGUGUCCCUGCUUAAUGCUCAUGAAGCAGAAAUGUGGGAAGUUCACUUCCAUCCCUCCAACCCUGAUCACUUAUUUACAUGUUCUGAAGAUGGGUCUUUAUGGCACUGGGAUACUUCCACAGAUGUAGCCGAUAGACCAUCUUUUCUUCAUCAAGGAGGAAGAAAUACUACCUAUUUUUCCCACAGUACCAUUAAUCAGUCUGUAGUAAGUGCCUGGCUAAGCAACGAUCCUACUAAAGACCGCAUGGAAAUCACCAACUUAAUUCCAAAUCAGACUUUGUCUGUGAAUACUUUAGAUGUUUUGGGACCAUGCCUAGUAUAUGGUACUGAUGCAGAGGCUAUUUAUGUAAACAGACAAAUUUUUGCAUGAAAUUACUCUGGUAUCCCUUCGAAAUAUUUGUCACCUUCAGCUACUGGGAAAUGUCAGCUUCAUUCUGAAUGAUGCUCAUUAGUCUAUUAUCAGCAUGUGGAGGAAAGGUCCACAUCUUGGCCCUGGUACUGCAGAAGAAAGGUAAAGUACCUCAGAUUCUGACUACUGUCACUCAUUGAUGCUUGAGGGUGGGUAACUCUUGUACUACAUGUUGAAACAGUAAUUAUAAUGUUAAUUUCUUCCCCAGUGCCUGUUAGGUUUGGUACACAGGAAAGUAGUAACUAGGGCAAGAUACUUGCUAUAAACUGAUGUCCAUAAUAUGCUUGCACAUACAAAGCAAAACAAAGAUAAACUCCCUGGGGUUUUUUUUUUGCUUGUUGGUUGGUUUGGGGUUAUUGUUAUGUUUUGGUUUUUUAUCCUGUAAAGAUAUUUUUGAAGUAUUAAUUCUAAGGGCAAAUUAUGGGGUUCAUUGAAAUCCUUUUUAUGUCAGCUGAGAGAGAUGGGGGUUUUUAAAAUGAGCUUUUUAUAUAUUUCAGGGAACAUAAUUUUCUAUGUUAGUUCAUGCAAAUUGGAAAGAAAAACCGUUAAAGCUGUGAAAUGUGAAAGGUUCUGUUGGAAUCUUAGCAUUUUGGUAACCGUAUUUACAGCUUCAUCAUGGAUGCUGCAAGCUAAAACUUGACAAUGUACUUGUAACACUCAACAGAAAGGACUUUCUUUUUUUUUUAAUAAUUAAGAGGUCAUAACUGACAUGUGUUGGCUGUUUUCAAGUGUGAGAACAAGACUUUCUAAAUUUGAGACACAUUCUUUGUCACAAUCAAAAUUUCAUAUCCAGUUUGUUGCAGUCUUGAAAAGUUUAAAUUUUGAUUACUGUUGUACCUACCUUUUGUUGCAGAGCACCCUUUCUCUUUUUUAAUAAAAAAGUUUUG